AUGAGCAACCAAACCAACAAUUAGGGUUCAGCAAAAGGAGGUGAAAACAGUAAUUUUCAUGUCUGUGUUCGUGUUAGACCAACUAGCAGCCCCUCAUUUGAUAAUUAAGGACAUGUAGAAGGUAUUAAGUAUAUUCGCGCAGGACCAGAAAAUUCAAUCUUGCUUGUUUAACCUCACUCUACCUAAGGUGACAAAGUCUUUAUCUAUGACCAAGUUUUCGAUCAUAAAUCAAAUACUAAAUAAAUAUUUGAUGGAGUUGUUUUACCUACAAUUUCUGAAUCUCUUUUUAAAGGAUUUAGUCAUACAAUUUUAGUUUAUGGCAUGACAGGAGCAGGUAAGACAUUCACUAUGUUUGGUGAAAACUUUGAGGAAUCUACCUAAACAGUUUAAAUCAGCUUAAAUUAGCAAUAACAGCAAGAAAAUAAUAGGGCAAGUUAAAAUGCAGCAGAUCUAGAAGUAGAUGGUCCAUUAAAAAAAGAUCCUAAUGACGCCGCUUCAAAUGAAUGUAAAGGCGGUUUAGUUUCAGAAACAGUUAAGUAUGUAUUAGCAAACUAGACAUAAAGCUCAAAAGUUAAGCUUAAAAUGAGUUAUUUAGAAAUUUACAAUGAAUGUAUUCGUGAUUUACUCUCUCAUGAAACGUUAACAGCAGAGAAUUUAAUGAUCUUAGAAGAUCCAGAUAAAGGUGUUUAUUGUCCCCUUUUAAGUGAAAGAGAAAUAUCUACCUUAGAUCAAAUUACAUCAUUCAUUAAAUCAGGAAAUAAAAGAAGAGUUAUGGCAAGCACAAAGUUGAAUUAAUUUAGUUCUCGUUCACAUGCUAUUAUAUAACUCUCUAUUGAAAUCGAGCUCUGCAACGAUGGAUAAAAAACAACAUUCCUUACUCCUAAAUUAUACAUGGUUGAUCUGGCUGGUAGUGAAAGAGCUGCUGCAACUGAAAGCAAAGGUAUUCGUUUCAAAGAAGGUGCUAAUAUCAAUAAAUCUCUAUUAUCUCUUGGUAAUUGUAUUACCGUACUUUCUUCAUAAGGUGAAAAAGGAAAAAAACAUGUCCCUUAUAGAGACUCAAAACUUACAAGAUUGCUUAAAGAAAGUUUAGGUGGUAAUGCAAAAACAUUAUUCAUAGCUUGUGUUACACCCGCUUUUAAAUUCGUUGAAGAAACUAUCAACACUCUUAAAUAUGCUUAAAGAGCUAAGAGUAUUCAAAAGGAUGUUUAUGAAAAUGUGAAAUAAAUUUACAAUUAGAUUUAAAAUGAAACUGUAAAGGAAAUGCAUAAUGAAAUUGAGAAUCUGAAGGAAUUGCUUUAAUAGUAAUAGGCUGACUUACUUGGUAUUUAGAAUGGAAACUUGGAUAUUGACGAUGAAACUAUAAAAUAAUUAUAAGGCAUCUCAAGCGAUCCUCCAACUGAAGAAUAAGUAGUUGGCAGCAUACAAUUCAAAACUCACAGGGAACUCUUUAAGGAGAAAUUCGAGAAAUUGAGCGAACACUAUGAGGAUAUCCUUUUCCGUAAUAGAGAAUUAGAAUUUAAUUUAGCUGAAUAUAAUCAAUCAAGGGAAUAGAAUGAGCGUUUAGUCCACGAAAUUAUGGAUACUAUCAAUCCUGCUGCUCUUACUUAAAAAGAAAUGAAAUACCGUUUAGAUAAAGUUAACACUCUAAGAUCUAUCAUUAAAAAUAAUGAUGAGGUUAUAAUCAAGCUUCAAAAGGAAUUGCAAGAAAAUGAAAACAUGAAAAAUAUGAUCAAGAAAGAAUUGGAAGAGCUUUACGAUGUCAAAUUUAUUCAAGAAUGCUAAUAAUUAACCAAUUUCUAGUUGAUUAGUGCAUUCGAAUAAGAAAAAAAGAAACUCAAAGAAGAAAUAACAAAUUUGAUUACUAAUUAGUAGAAGCAAAAGGAAGAAUAGCUGAGAAAAGAAUUGCAGAUUUAGAAUUUAAAAGAUGAAAUCAAUUUUAUUAAAAAGAAAGCUGUUUAAAGUGAGCUACAAUUGCAGUAGACCCAAGCUGAUAGAUAAAAAGGGAAAGCUAGAGGCAGAGGAAAGUAAAUGAAUUUAAGAGCUAGCAGUAUUAUCCCAAAUACUAAAGUUACUCCAAGGAAUGUUUCUUAAAAGGAUGUUUCAAGUAAAUAUCUCAACUUCUAAACUUUUGUACCUUCUAGCAAUAUUUCGGUAAAUACAGUCAGAGGUAAAAGCUCUAACAUGGGGUAAAGUAUGUUCAUUUCUCGUAAGAGUGAGAUUUAAGAACCCAGUACCAAUACUAAUGCUAAUACACAAUCUUUCAAGCAAUAAUCUAUGUCUGAAAUAAAUUUGAGUCCAACUUCUCGUGAAUUUGAGGAAUACAAGCGUAAGGAGCAAAUUAUUGAGAGCUAAUUAAAGAAUAUGCAAAAAAAUUCUUCAUAAAAAAAUGUCCAAGGUUAAUAACCAAACUCAAGAACUUGCUUAGACCAAGCCGCUAAUAAUACUUUAGCUUAAAGCAGCUAAUCAGCUACUCAUUUAUAUUCAUCUCCUAAUCGCUAAUCAAAUCACCUGUUUAAGUCUUCUUAUAAGUCUUCAUUUAUAGAUUUAGCUCCUCACUCGAAUGAUCACGCAAGCUAAGAUAACAGUAUUGGCAAAAAUUCUUAUGAUAUGAAUAGAGACUCAAACGAUAUGGAUAUUGGCUCUCAAGGAAACCCUAAUGACUAUUUGCGCAGAAGCGAACUCACACACUAAUAAUAUUAAAAAAUUAUCCAGCAUACUAAAACAGAAGAAGAUGAACAAAUCAAAAGAAGUUCAUUUAAUGUUGAUUACUCCUCAUAAAAAUCUAACGGAAGCACAGGUAACUAGAACUCAGUCAAUUCGCAAUUUGUUUCACCUAAACCAAUCAGCAAAGUUAAGCAACAAUAUGGUUUGAGUUCAUCUGGUUCUUCAUAGCACUCUAAAACACUUUCAAAGAAUCACUCAAAAACUCCAUCCUAUACAGAAGAUAAGCAUAGCUCUAGCACUGGAGGCCUAAAGACGUAUUAAGGAGGAUUUGCUCCUAUUAUUGAAAGCCACCAAGAGCAAUCAAUUUUGAAUAUGACAGGAUAGGGCAGCUAUGACAAUACUCCUUAAAAUCAUAUGUAAAACAACUCACAAAAGCCAAAAGAAUCUCGCUUUUUCUUAGAAAAUAGCACAACUAACAAUAACAGUUCACAAAAUGAGUUGCUUAAUCCAAAUUCAAACUUUUUAUUCAUCUCCUAAUCCUAACUAAAUACUCCAUAGAUGCAAGAUUAGUUUUAACAAUAGCUUCUUUACAGAUAAUAAAUGGAAUAAAGAGGUAAUAACUCAAGUUUUAAGGAUGAUUACUCUGCAUCAAAAAAUAUGUACUAAUCUCCAAAUACUUCAAACUAUAAAUAAAGUACUUAAAAAAGCACUCCAUACUAUAAUUCAAAUUAAAAAAUAUCAUCUUAGCAGACUACCGCUUCCAAAAACCCUAACAAUAAUAGUAGCAGUACAAAUAGUUCUAUUAACUCAAAUGAUAAUAAUGUAAAAGUAUCCUCAAACUAAUAAAAUUUACCAGGAAAAGUUAACAGCAUAACUUCAUUAUACCAACCAACACCUUAAUCAGGAUCUUUUGUUAGUUCAUCAUCUUCUUAAUAAACUUAGUAGGCAUAACUCAAUCUUUAUGGUUCCAAAAAUUCAUCAAACGAAAGUCCUUUGAGAGUUUAAAAUGAACCUUAGCCAGCACUCAAAAUCAAGCCUAGCUUUAACAACUAUAUGCAAAAUAGUGCAACCUAUGGUGCUGUUAAUUAGCAAGUUUUGGGUCAGGGAGGAAAAAUUCCUACUACUGCUAUAACUCUUAAUCUUGAUAAUAAAUAAUAAUGA